UAUUGAGUUUGUCAAAAUUUCCGUUUUGAGAAAUGGACGCCUUGACCGUUUCAAGUGUUGAACUCAAAAAAGUUUCGGCUCUUCAGUUCGGAAUAUUAAGCCCAGAAGAAAUUAGACGUUAUUCUGUUGCUCCCAUUCAACGCGAGAUAGCUUUCGAGCAAGGCAGACCUAAGGAAGGCGGUUUAAUGGAUCAACGACUGGGUGCUAUAGAUCGAGAUUUUCCUUGUAGAACUUGCCACAGCUCCUUUUUGGACUGCCCAGGUCAUUUUGGACACAUCGAACUAGCUCAGCCUGUUUAUAAUCCUGGUUUCCUUGCUUCAACAUUGAAGGUUCUUCGCUGUAUUUGUUACUAUUGCUCCAAGUUACUCAUCAAUACCGAGGAUUCGAGUAUAGCCAGUAGAUUGAAGCAAAUAGAACAGAUUAAGAAGGGUACCAAGCGCCUUGGUUUAUUUUUGUCUCUUCCUCGUUUGAAGGAAUGUCGAUUUUGUGGUAACGCACAACCUAAACUUCUACGAGAUGCCUUGAGUAUUGUUGCUGAGUUUCCCGAUCCUCCCGAAGGUGGAGGCGAAAAACGCCAACAAAUCACUGCAGAAAAGGCUUAUAACAUUUUGAAACAUAUGUCAGACGAAGAUGCAGACAUUUUAGGGUUUAGUCGUGAGCAAAGUCGACCAGAUUGGAUGAUAAUAACUAUUUUAUCAGUUCCUCCUCCUCAUGUUCGGCCUUCUAUUAUGAUGGAUGCCACUAGCCGUGGUGAAGAUGAUCUUACUCAUAAACUUGGUGAUAUUGUCAAAGCGAACAAUGCGUUGAAACGUUUAGAAAGAGAGGGAGCUCCCGCACAUGCUUUAAAUGAACAGCUGCAACUUUUACAGUAUCAUGUUGCGACUUAUAUGAAUAAUGAGAUUCCUGGUCUUCCAAGGUCACUUCAGCGAUCUGGUCGUCCACUCAAAAGCAUUUCUCAACGAUUGAAAGGAAAGGAAGGAAGAAUUCGAGGUAACUUGAUGGGUAAACGAGUCGAUUUUUCUGCAAGAACGGUCAUUACUCCCGAUCCUAAUAUUCGUUUGGACGAAGUUGGAGUUCCCAAGAGUAUUGCUAUGAACUUGACAUACCCAGAAGUGGUUACUCCUCUUAGUUAUGGACGACUACAAGCUCUCGUUGCGAAUGGACCCAAUGAGCAUCCUGGAGCAAAAUAUAUUGUUCGAGACGAUGGACAACGCAUAGAUCUGCGUUAUGUAAGACGUCCAGCUGAUUUGCAUUUGGAGAUUGGAUACAAAGUCGAAAGGCAUUUGCAGGAUGGAGAUGUUGUUCUUUUUAAUAGACAACCUUCCUUGCAUAAAAUGUCCAUUAUGGGUCAUCGCGUUCGAAUUCUUCCAUAUUCAACUUUUCGUUUGAAUUUAUCUGCUACAAGUCCAUAUAAUGCAGACUUUGAUGGUGAUGAAAUGAAUUUGCACGUUCCUCAAUUUUUAGAAGGAAAGGCUGAAAUACUGGAGCUCAUGAUGGUUCCUAAAAAUAUCGUUUCUCCUCAAGCAAAUAAGCCCGUCAUGGGUUUGGUACAAGAUACCUUGUUAGGUUGUUCACUUUUUACUAUGAGAGAUGUAUUUAUUACUCGAGAUAUGAUGAUGAAUUUGUUGAUGCAUAUUGAAGGAUUUGAUGGUCAAAUUCCGACACCUGCCAUUCUAAAGCCAAAGGAACUGUGGACUGGCAAACAACUAUUUUCCAUGAUAACUCCAAAUGUCAAUAUUAUUCGUUUUGCAGAAACGCAUGUAGAAGAAUCAGAUUCCGAUCCUAUUUUCGGUCCAGACAUGACCAUACAUGACACUAGGGUUGUUAUUUCAGGAGGAGAACUUGUUUGUGGAGUCAUUGAUAAAUCUACUGUUGGUACUCGUGCAGGAAGUCUUAUCCACGUCUGUUGGAAAGAACACGGACCGGAUGCAACUUGUGAUUUUAUUUCUUCGGUGCAACUGCUUAUCAAUCAUUGGUUAUUGCAACGUGGAUUUUCUAUUGGUAUUGGAGACACUAUUGCAGACGAUGAAACUAUGAACUACAUUGUGCGAACCAUGGAAGCAGCAAGACAGGAGGUAACUCUUCUUAUUGAAAAGGGACAAAAUGGAGAGAUUCAAUGCAAACCUGGAAAAACGAUGAUGGAGUCUCUAGAAGAUCAGAUCAACUCUGUUCUGAACCAAGCAAGAAAUAAGGUUGGUUCAGCAGCAGCUAGGUCCUUACCUGCUUCAAAUAAUCUGAAGCGAAUGGUGAAUGCGG